CGUUUAUUUUUUUCAAUGCUCUUUAUUGUUCCCGCCCGGCGGUGACAAUCCGCCCCCUGUCCAUGUGGGCCCAGAGGCAGCGGCUGCAGACAGCUUGUACCCGGGCGGCGCUGCUGCACUGACGCUGCUGCUUCCCCCUCUCCCUGUGCUGUCAGUGCCUGUUCUCUCUGUGACCCCCCUCCCCCGGGAAUGGACCCCCUCAAGGCGCAGCAACUGGCAGCGGAGCUGGAGGUGGAGAUGAUGGCCGACAUGUACAACAGAAUGACUCAUGCCUGCCAUCGCAAGUGUGUGCCACCUCACUACAAGGAGGCUGAGCUGUCCAAGGGCGAGUCGGUUUGCCUUGACCGCUGCGUCGCCAAGUAUCUGGACAUCCACGAGCGCAUGGGCAAGAAGCUGACCGACCUGUCCAUGCAGGACGAGGAGCUGAUGAAGAGGAUGCAGCAGGGGAGCGUGGCUCAGUGAGGGAACGGCGCCAAUGGGGAAACUGCGAUCAAUAAACUCCACCUUUCGCAAUCA